AAUAAAAAUUAUUUUGCAUAAAAAUAAUUCCGUUUAUUUUUGGAGAAAUAUACUGAGAUAUUCGGUCAAGCGGUCAGCUUAUUCACGCACGGCUGGUCGCAAAAUUUAGAUUUGUUUCCCGGUUUAUUCAAUGUUACUUUAUACAAACAUGAAAAGGAACCAGGCGGGCAAUCAAGUAAAUCCGAUUCACGUGCAACCUUUUCAGUUGAAAAACUACAUUCGACGAGUACGCUAGCUAGAAUCUACUAGAAAUUACACGUUGACAAUUAUUUUUGUUAAUUCCAACGUUAACGAAUUAUGCCACGUGGUGUAAGAGGGAGACUUCGCGGUCGUAUCCCAAACAGACAGGUAAGAGCUCAUCCACAACCUGCUAACAACAGAGGAAACAGAGCUCGCUCACCGGACAGGGCGCCGGUUCAGGCCCCGGCACGUGCCGACGACAGACAGGAACCAGAUAGAGUUUUGAGAGGCAACAGGGCACGCCUUCAUGUUCCGCCACCGGUACAACCACAAGCGAAUGUUGCUCAAGGAUUCGAACCGGAAAAUCCGCGAGCAGAUGGGGCCGACGAACAGGGAGAUUAUCCACGAAGGAAUGAGGCCGAUGAACAGAGGGGCAACAGGCGGGGCACCCCGCCUGCUGCGAACGCCGAACGACCCAGACAUAGCCGGAAACGAGGGCGAGAUGAGCUGGAGCUGGACGAAGUCACAGAACAUCCACUGCUGCAGAACGAUGCGGACGUAUGGGUUUUAGGGGAUUCUAUUCCCUACUGGGCCGGUGUCCGUGCUGAGAAAACCGGAAAACCUAACCUGAGACUUCAGGAUAUACAGAUAGGCUGGUGGGGUGUGCGAGGACUGGGUUGGCAAGGAUUCAGACAUCAGGUGGAAGCUCAAGUUCUCCUGUGCCUGCCACCAAAAAUGAUAAUAGUAAGCCUAGGUGGGAACGAUUUAACUAACAUUAAAACCCCUGGAAUUAGAGAAAUUAUCCAAAGGGAAGUUUCCUACCUAAGGGAUGCUCUCCCAAAUACAGUGAUUGUUUGGAUGGAUAUCCUUCAACGGCGUGUAUGGAAGGGUGCAAGGGAUGGGCAUAAAACUUUAGAACAAAAAAGAAAGCGUUUAAAUCGUUUGGGCCGUAGAAUUGUACUGGAGUCCGGAAAUGGUGAUGUCAUAAUGCCUGACAUCGACAGUAGCACCAACUUCUACCGCAGUGACGGUGUACAUUUAAAUGAUGUUGGAUUGGAGUUCUACCUUGAUUACAUUAAAGAUGUCAUUUCUAAACACUGUUCAACUUAAAUAAAAUAGAAGUAACAUCUAAAUAACGUUUAUCGUUUUGUGUUUUCUUCUGAUACAUGUAUACUAACCAAUCAGUUAGGUCCUCUAUUAUAUAAUUAUCAAAGGCUUACCAGAAUUUUGGGGGAUAAAUUGAAAUGCAAUUUAUUGUGGCCGAAAAUUCUGUCGACUCGGGAGGUGAUCGGACGUACUUUAUAAGACGUAAAUUUCUUAAUGGUAAAUAUUUACAUACACUUUCAAUAUUUUAUUAAUUAAAAACUCGAAGUCCGGUUUCGGUAAAAGUUCGGGCACCCGAGCAGAACGGAAACUGGAAUUCGGGCAAUAGAAAUUGUUCGGGUCAGUGGCAAGUGUCGUCUGUUGCGGUUUACGGAGUGUCUGUAUAUAGAUUCCAACUUUCAAAUAAGUCGGGUGUAAUUGCAUAGGUAUUGUCCUAGUACUGAGGUAAUACCUACAUAGCCUUGCUUGUGUCUAUCUUGCCUUGCGUCCGUCGUAGCCUCGCUUUGAUAACUUUCCCGACUGGUAUCUAAAGGUUAUUGAACAGUCUCCUUGCAUGGAUUUGCUUAGCGUAAACCAAUGUAAAUUUUGCCUUGCGUCCGUUGUAGCCUUUACAUAGACGGCGGUGUGUGCUAUAUCUUGCCUCGAUAAAUUUUGCUUAUACGGGUAUUUCAUAUUAGGCAGGUGCGUCCGGUCUCCUUCCGGUCGACUGAAAAACUUACCUUUUCUGAGUGGCCACAACAUGCCAUUUCUUUAGUGAUAAUAAGUCAGAAUAUACUUAAACUUUACUUAAAAUUCUGAUAUGAUCUCGUGUAUUAUCGCAAACUUAUUAUUGUUACGUCUUAAAUGAGAUAGUUGAUCAAUGUUCUGUAACUUUCUUUGCAGGGCACCCUGCAAUUUUAGUAAAUAAAUGGUUAUUUCUAAUUUUAACGUUUGUUUAGUUCUAUAUUUCGAAUGAUAAAAUAAUGAAUCCUAUUCAGAUA